AUGGCAGUGCAGGAGUGCACAGUGACGCUCUUGGUGGCUAUCGCCCUCGUGCUUGUGGUGGGGCCAGCCAGCUCGUACGCUGCCGAAGCGAGCUACGCCCCGGCCGCCAUGACCGAGGAGCAGAAGCUAGUCGACAAGGCCAACAACGCCUUCAAGGCGGCCGUGGCGGCCGCAGCCGCGGCCCCUCCGGCGGAGAAAUACAAGAUAUUCCAGGCCAGCUUCACCCUCAACUUUGGCUGGUCUGUCGCGGGGGUCACCGGCGGAUUCAGCCUCAACGCCACUUUCACCACCAGGAUCGCCUUGGCUCAGUUGACGGCUUUCCACUUUGCUAAGGGCACUACCCCUGAGGCUAAGUACAACGCCUUCGUGGCCAUCCUCAGCGAGUCGCUCCGCAUCAUCGCCGGCAUCCUCGAGGUCCAUGGUGUCAAGCCCGCCGGCGAGGAAGUUAAGGGUGCGAUCCCUGCCGGUGAGCUGAAGGCCAUCGACCAGAUCGACGCUGCCUUUAGGACUGCAGCCACCGCCGCCGAUGCUGCCCCGUUCAAGGACAAGUUCGCCGUCUUCAAGUCCGCCUUCAACAAGGCCAUCAAGGAAACCAUAGGCGAUGCAUCAUACGAGCGCUACAAAUUCGUCGCCGAGCUCGAGUCCGGCGUCCAGAAGGCCUACGCCACGACUGUUCCCAACACGCCCAAGGACAAGCUCUUGGUCUUUGAGUCCGCCCUGAGCAAGACCAUCCUCGGCAUGGCCGCUGCCGCCACGGCCCCCGCCACUCCCACCGCCGCCACCGCCACUCCCACUCCCGUCACCGCUGUCGGUGGCUACAACGUCUGA